AUGCCUCCGACAGCAGAAUACAAGGCACCUUGGCCGGUGUUUGGGCUAGCCUGGUCAAAUCACCCGUCCACUUCGUCCUCUUCGUCCUCGUAUCAUCCUCGUAAUCCAUCCGGGUCAGCCAGAUAUGUCCCUUCAUCUCCAUCACCACUCGGGCGUCAGGAAGAGUUUAGCGGGCCUCCACCAUCCACCACAUCCGGCCCACCGGAUAGCGCGCGCAUCGCCGUCGGAUCCUUUGUGGAACAGUACACCAAUCGCAUCCAGGUGCUGGGCUUUGAUCAACGCGACUCGUCCUCGCUCACGCUGCUGGCCGACGCUUCGCAUCCGUAUCCACCGACCAAACUCGGUUUCCAGCCAUCGACACUCUUUGAUUCUUCGUCGGGCGAGCGUCGGGAUGCGUCGCUGGACAGAGAGAGAAGCUCGGGCGAGCGCGGAUACGCUUCUCCCACCACCAAGCUUGCGAAGCGUGGCAGCUGGGGUGCCAAACUGCGACCGUCCUUAUCUGGUGAAGGCGGGGAGUUGCCAGACCACUACCCAGAUAGAGAGCUGCUUGCGAGCACCGCCGACUGUCUGCGCAUCUGGGAAAUUUAUCGGAACGAGUACUCAGAUCCAUAUCAGUCUAGCUACGUCGGCGGCAACACAGCCGGAGGAGCACAGCAGGGCGAGGGUUCGCAACUGCCCUUUUCAUUACGAGAGAAAAGCGUGUUGGCACAUUCAAAAAACACAAAGAGUCCACCGGCGCCUUUAACAUCAUUUUCAUGGAACACGCCGUCGCCUAACCUCAUUGUCACCUCAAGCAUCGACACGACGUGUACCAUCUGGGAUCUUCCUACACGUUCCGCCUUGACGCAGCUCAUCGCGCACGAUCGCGAGGUGUACGACGUCGACUGGUGUCCCGGCUCUGCCGAUGUGUUUGCUAGUGUAGGCGCAGACGGAAGCGUGCGGGUGUUUGACCUGCGUAGCUUGGAGCAUUCCACCAUCAUCUACGAGACGGGGACGGCGCCCGGCGCGACCGAGUCCCGUCCGGGGACCAGCAUGUCGACAUCGUCGAGGGCCACAUCCACACGCAGCGUCCCGGCAGCGCCACUGCUGCGCAUCGCGUUCAAUCCAUGGGAUGCCAACUAUCUCGCCACGUUUCAUCUAGAGUCAGAUUCGGUGCAGAUCUUAGACGUGAGAGCACCGGGCUCGCCUAUUCUCGAAUUGCGAGGUCACUCGGCGGCGGUGAAUGCGAUUGCGUGGGGUCCGCCCUCGAUAGGCGCUGGUGUACUCGGCCCAAGCAAAGGCAUGGUGUGCUCUGCUGCUGAUGACGCGCAGGUUCUCGUAUACGACCUGGCCUCGACGACGCUGCGAACCGCGUCGGCGCAAGGUAGGCGUAGCAGGAACGGCCACGCUCCAUCACCGGCGCCAGGUUCUCUGGGGUACUCGCACUCAACAUCGUCGUUUGGCGGCACAGCCAGCCCUGCGCCCACUGCAAGUAUCGCUGGCAGCAUCGGCAUUGGCGCCGAGAUCCCCUUUCUUGCGUAUACGACGCCGAACCAGGAUAUGGUCAACAAUGUCUCUUGGCUGCGAGCCGGCGGUGGCGGUCUUCCACCGGGAGUCGGCGGCUUUGGUGGAGCAGGGGGAAGCAGUGCGAAUAAGAGUGUCGUGCAGGAAUGGAACGAGUUCACUGCGGGCAGUACGAGUGGAGGCAAUGCGUCGCCUGGAUUCGCACCGCACGACUCGGACUGGAUCGCUCUGGCAGCGGGUAACUCGGUGCGUGUGCUCAAAGUUUGA